GCGGUGAUUGUGUCAUCUUCACCGACACUCUCCACGACAACCAUGGCUACCGUAUCGCCCUUCGCUCGCUCCAGUGCGUUUGAAGAGCCACGGCUGCAGGGACGUGAACAGACUAUCGAGGAAAUGUACAGCGUUCCCGAAAGCUUUCUAGAAAUUGAAGUACGCAAUCCUCAGACACACGGGUAUAACCGCAAGAUGUACACCGACUAUGAAAUCGUGUGCAGGACCAACAUCCCAGCAUUCAAGUUGCGCCACUCCUCCGUGCGACGCCGCUACUCUGAUUUCGAGGCGUUUCGUGACAUCCUGGAACGAGAGUCUACUCGUGUUAACAUCCCUCCCCUUCCGGGAAAAGUCUUCACAAACAGAUUCUCAGAGGAAGUGAUCGAAAGUAGGAGGGAGGGUCUUGAACGGUUCUUGAGCAUUGUCGCUGGUCAUCCACUGUUACAGACCGGUAGCAAAGUCCUUUGUGCUUUCUUGCAGGAUCCAGGCUGGGACAAAUCGCAGUGGCUAUGAAUAUUUGGUAUGCAUCCGACUGCUUCCCCGUCUGCCGAUCUACCUGGCUUCCUAGCCCCUGUG